AACAUUUAGUUGGAGUACCAUUUAUCAAAAAUUAGACAAGUAUGUUUUCCUAAAACGCACACGUCUCACUCUGAACCCUUUAUACUUAAUUAAUUAAAAUAAAAAUUAUGUCUAUUACUGCCAGAAAAUUGAUAUGCAGCUUAGCAGAUGAAGCUCCAGCCUUAUCUCACUUAUAAAUUGAAUAUCUAGGGUUUUAAAAAGCUUGCAGUUUGUUUUGUUCCGUACGACAUAUCUUCAUAGAUCUGUUGAAAUGAAGAAUUCGAGCUUAGAUCUAUUUGAUCCUCGCACGGAGGUCAUGGAUUCCAAUUACUCGUCGGAAGCUGUUCGCGACGGCGAUUUCGGUUUUGCUUUCAACGACAGUAACUUCUCCGACCGCACUCUUCAGAUCGAGAUCAUCGCCGAGUCGCCGGAGACUCGCGACGACGCCGACGGCUGUCAGAGUCUCGCCGAUUGGGCCAGAAAUCGCAAGCGACGGAGAGAAGAUAUUAAAAAAGAGACUGCUGUUGACAUUAAUAUGGGUCCAGAAGAGCAGAUAGUGAAUUGCAACCAACCUGAUGUGGACGAUGAAAAUGAAGACGAGGAAGCUGUUGCAAUGAAUGAAGAACCAAAUUCAGGAGAUGAAGCUGCAGAUAGCAAUGACUCGAAUUGGAGCAUGGAGUGUUCUGAAGUUCUAAGAGUCAAAGUUUUGCAUAUUAGUUCUCCAAUCUUGGCCGCAAAAAGUCCAUUUUUUUAUAAACUAUUUUCAAAUGGAAUGAGAGAAUCCGAACAGCGACAUGUAACUUUGCGAAUCACUGUCUCUGAGGAAGCUGCCCUUAUGGAGCUCCUCAAUUUCAUGUAUAGCAACACCUUAUCAGUCACUACUGCCCCUGCUUUGCUUGAUGUGCUGAUGGCUGCUGAUAAAUUCGAGGUUGCUUCAUGCAUGAGGCAUUGCAGCCGUUUGUUGCGGAAUUUACCCAUGACACCGGAGUCUGCAUUGCUUUAUCUAGAGCUUCCCUCCAGUGUCCUCAUGGCCGAGGCUGUUCAGCCAUUAACAGAUGCUGCAAAGCAGUUUCUGGCUGUACGUUAUAAAGACAUGACCAAGUUUCAAGAUGAAGUCAUGAACUUGCCUCUUGCUGGAAUUGAAGCAAUCAUGUCAAGUGAUGAUCUCCAGGUGGCAUCAGAGGAUGCUGUGUAUGAUUUUGUCCUGAAGUGGUCUAGGGCUCAGUACCCAAAGCUUGAGGAGCGGCGGGAGAUCUUGGGUUCACGUCUUGGCCGCCUUAUCCGUUUCCCUUACAUGACUUGUCGCAAGCUUAAGAAGGUGUUGACUUGCAAUGACUUUGAUCAUGACCUAGCUUCUAAGGUUGUGCUUGAGGCACUCUUCUUCAAAGCUGAGGCCCCACACCGGCAACGCAGCCUAGCUGCAGAGGAUUCUCCUACUACAAACCGCCGUUUUGUGGAGAGAGCCUACAAGUAUCGGCCUGUUAAGGUGGUUGAGUUUGAACUUCCAAGACAGCAAUGUGUGGUCUACUUAGAUCUGAAGCGCGAGGAAUGUAAUAAUCUAUUUCCAUCCGGGAGAGUAUAUUCACAGGCAUUCCACCUAGGAGGACAAGGUUUCUUUCUUUCUGCACAUUGCAACAUGGAUCAGCAGAGCUCUUUUCAUUGUUUUGGCCUGUUCCUGGGAAUGCAAGAAAAAGGAUCUGUCACUUUUGCAGUUGACUAUGAAUUUGCAGCAAGGUCGAAGCCAUCAGAAGAGUAUGCAAGUAAAUAUAAAGGCAACUACACUUUCACCGGGGGCAAGGCAGUGGGUUACCGUAACUUAUUUGGCAUGCCAUGGACUUCAUUCAUGGCCGAGGACAGUCCUUACUUCAUCAAUGGCAUACUCCAUCUAAGAGCUGAGCUUACGAUUCGACAGUAACUUGUCACAUUCUCGUUUUGUAGCUCUCUACUUGCUUGUAUCCUGCCAUUUACCUUUUGUGCUCUACCCUUUCAGAAAGAAUAUUUAGAAACUGUGUUCAUUGUUAUAUGUUGAAUUCUCUUUAAAGGUGUUCCGUUGUUAGACUGUUUGCAAAAACCAAUAGGAGGGAGGACUGAAUUUAAAAUGCUCAUCUUCUGGGCAUUUAAGAUAAUUUGUUCUCUGUGCUUAUUGGAGCACUAGUGGCAAUGCCUUGUAGUUCUAAAGUUUGAAUACAUUGCAUAUAGUGAACUUGGUUGUGUAAGUGGCCACUUGCAAGGCCAUGUUAUAUCACAUACCCUGUUCAUGUAAAAUUAAAUUGUCA